AUACUUACCGCAAUGGGUUUCACGGCCUUCACAACACUUGAAGUAAUGUCAUAUCUUCAAAAUCAAAACCCAAAUGUUUUUCUGUACGAAUUUGAUCAUUACUCAGCUGUUGGACGUAUUUUCGAGGUGCCUGGUUGGCAGCCUGUUCCACACACAGCAGAGUUACCCUUUGUUUUGAUGCAAAAACCACUAUGGGACCUUGCGCGCCUUAAGAAUCAGAUGACACCAGAAGACCGCGACAUAGCCGAUUUCUUCGGUAGAGUUUGGACGAAUUUUGCCAGAACUGGGAUCAAAUGUAACGCAGACAAUGAGUGCCCUCGGUGGAAUGCAACGGUGAUGAAAUGCAACCAGAUGCCGUAUUUGGAGAUUGCUGCAAAGCGAAGAAUGAUGCCAGAUUACCGUGCCGUUGAUAGAGCAACCAUUCUUGGCGUCAGUUUCCGAAUUUAA